AUGCACAUCAUAACAGCAAUCAACUCGACCUGGAGAGUCCGGGCUGUUCAUCAGAUCAUUGGUAUCAUCGAAGAAGUAGACGCCGUUUUAAACAUCCCUUUAGGAAUGGAUUUCACUCCCUCGGAUCUUUUAGUCUCGUCUUUAAACGUAUUACUGGUUUUUUACCAUUGCUUUAAUGAACCACAGUUCAUCUAUUCAUUUCUGACCUUUAUUGUCGCCACCAACAUUUGGUUGGCAAUGUCACAGUUUUCGGUUUUAGCAUCUCUCAUAAACAGCAGGUUAGAAGGAGCUUGCGAGUCCUUGGACGAACUAAAGAUGAGAUCCGAUUCGCCUUACAAAGAUCAGAAGGUCGCCAUACUCUCCGAUGACCACAACAAGCUCUGCGACGCCGGCGAGAUCCUCCAUACUGCCUUCUCUUCCCUGCUCACUGUAUUGGUCGCUGUCUGCUUUAUCGGAAUCAUUGAAACCUCCUUCUACCUUUAUACAGUCCAAAAACGGAACAAAAACUUCGACAUUCGUCUUCUGCUGUUGCAUGAUGAGACAAUAUGGUGGAUUGUUUUCUUUUUGAUUAUCACUUGUAAAACCGCUGCUUCUUCAUCACAUCUUACACAAAAGGUUAUCAAAUUAUCUUAA